AUGAAUACUCAUCAAAUUUAAUAUCUCUAUAAACCUCCCACCAGCCCUCAACAAUUAACCUCUAGAAUGACCCUAAAUGAUUAGAUUUCUCCCAUCCGAGACAUUGUUAUGCCCAAAACCAAUCGAGCCAGCCAAAACAUCACUAGAAACAGUGCUAGAGGCAUUCCCUAAUUGAUUACAACAAAAACACAGCCUUCAGUAGCACGAGAAUCUUGUUAGAUCCAAAGAGAGUCUGUCCAUAUCAAAUAACCAUCUUAAAUGCCCAUCGACAACAUUUCCAAAGCCAUUUACUAAUUAAGUUAAAUUAAACUAAAAUACGAUAAAACCCUUGAAUCCUCAAUUGAUGUAAUAAUAACCAUGCUCAAGACAUCAACUUUCGAUAAAGAAAACUGCAAUCCUAACCAUGAGUUGAGAUAACAGAUUAUUUCACUUUAAUCAAGCAACGAAAAAUUACAAAAUGAACUCUUACACAAAAAAUGCGAAAAAACUACCAUCUAAAAUCUAGAAUAAAUGAUUGCCAAUCUUGAAUCCUAAAAUAAAUCCAUCACUAGUUAAAGAGACAUUCUUAAAUCAGAGAAUGAAAAAUUACAACUCAAAUUGUUAAGCAAAGAACAACAUUUUGUAUCAUUGCAAUAAGAAGUUUAAUAAUAAAGAAACUCAUUCUAACCUUAUGAAUUGUUGUAUAAUCAAUAACGAUAAAAAAUUUAAGAGUUAGAAGAAUUGAUCUAAUCCUUUAAGCAAAUCAACUACUCAGAUAAUGUUGUCAAACAACAAGAUUACUCAGAUCUCAAAUGGAAAUUUGAAUAAUCAAUUAUUGCUUAUCAGAGAAAAGAUAAAGAUCUCUAAUCUAAGGUUGAAGAAAUCAAAAGAUUAAAAACUCAAAUCGAAUAGUUAUUAAAGAGAAAUCAAACUCUUGAAAUUAAGUUGCUAGAAAUCAUGGAAACAGAAGUCAAAUAAAGAAUAAUAUUAUGA